AUGGCAAGCCUCGCCACUGCCUCUCCUCCUGCAAAUGCCCCUGCAGAGCCUCCAGCGAAGGAGUACCGCUGCUCAUGGUCGGGCUGCUCGAAAUCCUUUUCCAGAGCUGAGCACCUCCACCGGCAUGCCUUAAAUCACGAUGAGACUAAGGGCACUUUCACGUGUCAAAGAUGCCAGGCCGUUUUUCGACGAAGGGAUUUGCUAGAUAGACACAAGGCCCGGCAUAAAGAGAAGGACGACGAAGCAGGUGGAGAGGGACUGGGGAGACUGCAGACUCGGAAGAGGCUGUGGCGGGAUUCUACCGGUGCUGUAGUGACUAAACGAAGACCAGAGCAUGAGAAGAGAAGUGUCUCUACUACCGCAAGCAAACGUCUGAAACUCCGGGAUCAUUCCUUCGAGUCAACGAAUGGCUUCACAGAUCAGAAAGAUGUACCGAUAUCGCCUCCACCAUCCACAGGUGAGCAGAUCUCAAACAGAUCAGACGCGGCUGGAUCGUCAGAACUUCCUCGUGAGCCGCCGCAAGCAGACGAUCUCUGGCCAACCUUGAGCGAAGAUGCUAUUUUGCCAGAUGACAGCGCUGCUGUAGAAUCCUUAGAAUUUUUGUGCAAUGCUUCAUGGGGCUCACAGUCUCAGGAAAGCACCAGCACUGAUAUCCUGUACAAUGACUUCUUUGCCCCAGAUACUGCUAGUUCUUUCAAUAACCCGUUUACGACACUCAGCUAUUACAAUUGGUUGUUUGAGAAAGAGGCCUGCCCUACACUGGGAUUUGAAAGUUCACAACCAACUAGCAACACUUCGAUUUCCACGUCGGAUGUUUACCCCCACUCCUCGCAUGAGCAGUGUGGCAAUAAAACAAAUCAUGUGGAACUGCCGCGCUCUUCUGGUAUAAUCAGUCAAACAUUCAAGCAACCGGAUCUCGGAUUCGAAAUGCCCGGAACUUCCUCUCACUUCACAAGGCGUUCCUUUUCACAAGAGUCAAUGAGCCCAGAGACAUCUGCAGCAAAUCAAAUUUUAGCUCUUUCGCAAAUGGCUGGAACUAAUAUGGCCGCCAGCCUUGGGUAUCCCAGUACUGGGUUCUCUUCCCUAAGACCGAAUCAAAUCCAAAGGAAUGGUCUGGAUUAUCUCCUUACACCCAUAACUUCGGGGUCAAGUUAUGAGACGGACAACAAUUUUGAUCGAUUCAAGCAGAUCAGAAAGCGCCCAGCCAUGGACGAAGCUGCUCGGCAAGGUGUUCUAAGUUUGAUCGAUCGAGGUCGUCCUAAAGUACCAGAUGGGCUGGAGAUAACCAGAGACCACCCUCUGCUAUCUCUCUCAGUCUUGCAGGAGUAUUGUGAUCUAUAUUUCACCCGAUUCAACAUCUCGUACCCGCUCCUCCACCAAGCAACAUUUAGUCCAUCUGGCGUUGACCCGUUACUUUUGACUUCAGUACUUCUACUUGGUGCCACCUACAGCGAUAGAGAAUCACAUCUAUUCGCCAUCUGCGUGCACGAUAUCAUGCGUGCUCAAAUUCUUGGUAGUCCAGAUUUCACAACUCGGCCGCCAUUAUGGAUUCUGGAGACUAUCCUGUUGGUCGAGUGUUUUGGGAAGUCUAGGGCCGGCCAGCUGCAGCAUGACAUGUCACACCUAUUCCAUGGCCUCCUCAUCAAGUAA